GCUUUCCGCCCCUCCCCCACGCGCCGGCGUCUGAGUGCGCAGGCGCGGGCCUGUCCGCGCUUUCCGCCUCUGCGCAGGCGCCGUGCCCCUCCCACGGCGGUUGGCCAUAUAGACGCUGGGGGUGGGGGGGAGGUCAAGCGUAGCCUCUUCUCCUUUACCAAGAUGGCGGCUUGUCCCUGUUUCGCCACAGUUCCCACCUUGUGAGCCUGAUCUCCUUACGCUGGUAAGACUGGAACAGCAAAAGCUGGCAGGCUGACACAGGUGGCCUCAGGACGGACUUUCUGGCUACUGACCGUUUUGCUGUGGCUCCCCCGGACCGUGUUGGGCACGCCAUCAACCAUGAGCUCCGUUGCAGUUUUGACCCAAGAGAGCUUUGCUGAACACCGAAGUGGGCUGGUUCCGCAACAGAUCAAAGUUGCCACUUUAAAUUCAGAAGAAGAGAGUGACCCUCCAACCUACAAGGAUGCCUUCCCCCCACUCCCUGAGAAAGCAGCUUGUUUGGAAAGCGCCCAGGAACCCGCAGGCGCCUGGAGUAACAAGAUCCGGCCCAUCAAGGCUUCCGUCAUCACUCAGGUGUUCCACGUGCCCCUGGAGGAGAGAAGGUACAAAGACAUGAACCAGUUUGGGGAAGGAGAGCAAGCGAAGAUCUGCCUGGAGAUCAUGCAGCGGACGGGCGCCCACCUGGAGCUGUCUCUUGCCAAAGACCAGGGCCUCUCUAUCAUGGUCUCUGGGAAGCUGGACGCCGUCAUGAAAGCCCGGAAGGACAUUGUUGCCAGGCUGCAGACGCAGGCCUCAGCAACUGUUGCCAUUCCCAAAGAGCAUCAUCGCUUUGUUAUUGGCAAAAAUGGAGAGAAACUGCAGGACUUGGAGCUAAAAACUGCAACCAAAAUCCAGAUCCCACGGCCAGAUGACGCGAGUAACCAGAUCAGGAUCACCGGCACCAAAGAGGGCAUCGAGAAAGCUCGCCAUGAAGUCCUGCUCAUCUCUGCCGAGCAGGACAAACGCGCUGUAGAGAGGCUGGAAGUGGAGAAGGCCUUCCACCCCUUCAUCGCUGGGCCCUACAACCGACUGGUCAGUGAGAUCAUGCAGGAGACAGGGACACGCAUCAACAUCCCCCCUCCCAGCGUCAACCGGACAGAGAUCGUCUUCACCGGGGAGAAGGAGCAGCUGGCUCAGGCCGUGGCUCGGAUCAAGAAGAUUUACGAAGAAAAGAAAAAGAAGACCACAACCAUCGCGGUGGAGGUGAAGAAAUCUCAGCACAAGUAUGUCAUCGGGCCCAAGGGCAAUUCCUUGCAGGAGAUUCUAGAAAGAACUGGAGUUUCUGUGGAGAUCCCACCCUCCGACAGCAUCUCCGAGACUGUGAUACUUCGAGGGGAGCCUGAAAAGCUAGGGCAGGCGCUGACUGAAGUCUAUGCCAAGGCCAAUAGCUUUACAGUCUCCUCUGUCUCUGCUCCUUCCUGGCUUCACCGAUUCAUCAUUGGCAAGAAGGGGCAGAACCUGGCCAAGAUCACUCAGCAGAUGCCAAAGGUUCACAUCGAGUUCACAGAAGGCGAGGACAAGAUCACCCUGGAAGGCCCCACGGAGGAUGUGAAUUUGGCUCAGGAGCAGAUCGAGGCCAUGGUGAAAGACUUGAGUCACCGCAUGGACUACGUGGAGAUCAGUGUCGACCACAAGUUCCACCGACAUCUCAUCGGGAAAAGCGGAGCCAACAUCAACAGAAUCAAAGACCAGUACAAGGUGUCUGUGCGCAUCCCUCCCGACAGUGAGAAGAGCAACCUGAUCCGCAUUGAGGGGGACCCGCAGGGCGUGCAGCAGGCCAAGCGGGAGCUGCUGGAGCUCGCCUCCCGUAUGGAAAAUGAGCGAACCAAGGACCUAAUCGUCGAGCAGAGGUUUCAUCGCACGAUCAUCGGGCAGAAGGGUGAACGCAUCCGUGAAAUUCGGGACAAAUUCCCAGAGGUUAUCAUCAACUUUCCAGACCCAGCACAAAAAAGUGAUAUUGUCCAACUCAGAGGGCCCAAGAAUGAGGUGGAAAAAUGCACAAAAUACAUGCAGAAGAUGGUGGCCGAUUUGGUGGAAAAUAGCUAUUCAAUUUCCGUCCCGAUCUUCAAGCAGUUUCACAAGAACAUCAUUGGGAAGGGAGGCGCAAAUAUCAAAAAGAUUCGUGAGGAAAGCAACACCAAGAUCGACCUCCCAGCAGAAAAUAGCAACUCGGAGACCAUUGUCAUCACGGGCAAGCGGGCCAACUGCGAGGCUGCCCGGAGCCGCAUCCUGUCCAUCCAGAAAGACCUGGCCAACAUCGCCGAGGUGGAGGUCUCUAUCCCCGCCAAGCUGCACAACUCCCUCAUCGGCACGAAGGGCCGUCUGAUCCGCUCCAUCAUGGAGGAGUGCGGCGGGGUCCACAUCCACUUCCCCGUGGAAGGCUCGGGAAGCGACACGGUCGUCAUCAGGGGCCCGUCCUCAGAUGUGGAGAAGGCCAGGAAACAGCUUCUGCACCUGGCAGAGGAGAAGCAAACCAAGAGUUUCACCGUCGACAUCCGCGCCAAGCCGGAGUACCACAAGUUCCUCAUCGGCAAGGGGGGCGGCAAGAUCCGCAAGGUGCGUGACACCACCGGAGCCCGCAUUAUAUUCCCGACGGUGGAGGACAAGGACCAGGACCUGAUCACCAUCGUGGGCAAGGAGGACGCCGUCAGGGAGGCGCAGCGGGAGCUGGAGGCCCUCAUCCAGAACCUGGAUAACGUAGUGGAAGACUGCAUGCUGGUGGACCCCAAGCACCACCGCCAUUUUGUCAUCCGAAGAGGCCAGGUCUUGCGGGAAAUCGCGGAGGAGUAUGGUGGGGUGAUGGUUAGCUUCCCGCGGUCCGGCACCCAGAGCGACAAAGUGACCCUCAAGGGAGCCAAGGAGUGUGUGGAGGCGGCCAGGAAGCGCAUCCAGGAGAUCAUCGAGGACCUGGAAGCCCAGGUGACCAUAGAGUGCGCCAUACCCCAGAAAUACCACCGCUCCGUCAUGGGCCCCAAAGGUUCCAGAAUCCAGCAAAUCACUCGGGACUAUAACGUUCAGAUUAAAUUCCCAGACAAAGAGGAGAACCCAGGUCACAGUGCAGAGCCGGCUGUGCAGGAGAACGGUGAGGAUGCCGGGGACAGCAGGGAGGCCGACCCUGGCUCUCCCAGGCGCUGUGACAUCAUCGUCAUCUCUGGCCGGAAGGAAAAGUGUGAGGCUGCCAAGGAAGCCCUGGAGGCACUGGUUCCUGUCACCGUUGAGGUAGAGGUGCCCUUUGACCUUCACCGGUACAUCAUUGGGCAGAAGGGAAGCGGGAUCCGCAAGAUGAUGGAUGAGUUUGAGGUGAAUAUACACGUCCCAGCACCUGAGCUGCAGUCCGAUGUCAUCGCCAUCACAGGCCUCGCUUCCAACCUGGACCGGGCCAAGGCAGGGCUCCUGGAGCGUGUGCGGGAGCUGCAGGCAGAGCAGGAGGACCGGGCCUUAAGGAGUUUUAAGCUGAGCGUCACUGUCGACCCCAAAUAUCAUCCCAAAAUCAUUGGGAGAAAGGGGGCGGUGAUUACCCAGAUCCGCCAGGAACAUGACGUCAACAUCCAGUUUCCUGACAAGGACGAUGGCAGCCAGCCACAGGACCAGAUCACCAUCACAGGGUAUGAGAAGAACACAGAGGCUGCCCGGGACGCCAUCCUGAAAAUUGUGGGCGAACUUGAACAGAUGGUUUCUGAGGAUGUCCCGCUAGACCACCGUGUCCACGCUCGCAUCAUUGGUGCCCGUGGCAAAGCCAUUCGCAAAAUCAUGGAUGAAUUCAAGGUGGACAUUCGCUUUCCCCAGAGCGGGGCCCCGGACCCCAACUGCGUCACUGUGACGGGGCUCCCGGAGCACGUGGAGGAGGCCGUCGACCACAUCCUCAACCUGGAGGAAGAAUACCUGGCUGAUGUGGUGGACAGCGAGGUCCUGCAGGUGUACAUGAAGCCCCCAGCCCACGAGGAGUCCAAGGCGCCCUCCAAGGGCUUUGUGGUGCGGGAUGCUCCCUGGACUGCCAACAGUAGUGAGAAGGCUCCGGAUAUGAGCAGCUCUGAGGAAUUUCCCAGCUUUGGGGCUCAGGUGGCUCCCAAGACCCUCCCUUGGGGCCCCAAACGAUAAUGAUGAGAAAACAAACCUCCAGCCUGCUGACCCAAACCCACCGCGCAACGGUUUGUUUCAAUCUGACUCAGCAGCUGGACCCUCCGUAAAUUGUUGACGCUCCCCCUCCCCGAGGUCUCACAGUGAAGCCCGGCGCCCUGCGCUGCGUGUGGCUGGUCCUCGGGUCUGGCCAGCGCCCGGCGCGUGCUCAGGAUCUGCCCGACCCUGGCUGUGGGCCGGCUUUCCACGGUUUGAACACUAACACAGGCGAUUGGACAUUUCACGGCAAGCUUUCUGGUCCACCGGCAUGUCAGCAAGGCCCUGGCCCCACUGAGAGUGCUGCACAGCUGGGGCUGCGCCCACUUCCUGUGUUGUGACCUCAGGAAAUAAAUUUCCUUGACUUUAGAAAAGCCAAACGCUCGCCCUCUUCCUUUCCCAGCUCUUUUUCCUUCUGCCUGCCGUGCAGCCCUCUGGACUGCAGUCCAGUUCCUUCCCGCUGCCACAGUCCGCUGAGCCCAACCCCAGGGUGGGAGGCAGGCUCAGCGUGCGCACUGGAGCGCCCGGACCCAGGGGGACCAGGUUCCAGGUGAGGCUGCAUGUCUGCCAUCUGGGUCUGCUGUGAGCUGAGAACCGUGGGGACGGAGAGGGGUGGCCCGCAGAGGAGAGGCAGAGACCCACUGCCCCUCCAAGCUGGCCUGUUGCACCGACUUCCGCUUUCCCCCUCCCACGCCACAGAGCCAGUGUGGUGUCUCCUGCCAAGGGGGUGCCAGCCCGGUGCUCAGCCUCCUGAUUCCGAUGCCCUGGUGGUUACGCGUGCCUGGUUCGCUGAGGCCGCCAUAGCCCCGGGCCGCACCCUCCCUCACCCUCAGGUGGCCAGUGGUCAGCAGCCAGUGUGCUGGUCCAGAAUGGGGAGCACACAUACCCCCCAUAGGCUGUUCUCUGACACAGACACUGUGUGCAGGCCCUGGAACUGGCCUUCAGAGGUGGCUUUGUGUUCCUGGGGUGGGAAGAGGCUGUCAUUGGGCCUGCACUGGAGAGCAGGUCCUGCUAAGGGAGCCUGCUUUUGUCAGGUGCGUAGUAGGUCAUUCCAGGCCUGACAGGGUGCCCAGCCCCAGCCAGCGUGGCAAAGGUGCUCUCUGGAGAGGAAAUAUGCCUCAGCGGUAUUGUGAAAGCCGCAGAUGGGCCCUUGGUUUCCGGGUUGUCUGGCCUCAGGUCCCCAUCUCUGCCUCCAUGGAGGUGACUGAGCCUCUCUGGAGUUUUCACCCAGAUACUGAGUUCUUAGAGGAGCUGACUGCUGCCUCUCACCUGUCCCUUCCCCAGGGACAGUCACUUCUUCUCUGACCACCUUUUCAUGGAGUUUUUCAUUCACUUACUGCUCAGCUUCGCAAUCUUUAGGCUGAAAUUCCUAAAUAGGCCAGAAUUGCAUAACUCAAGUCUGACGUCAGUUGCCUCUGCGAGUCCCGUUAGCUCUGGCAGCCUCCACAUGCCCCUCUAGGAGCAGUGGGUGGGGUGAGACAUGCUUCAGCUGAAUAGGCUGGGUGACCCCAAACCAGGGGAGUCGAUGGAGACGGAGAGGAGAGGCGCCAUCUGGCCUUUCUCCAGGACCAUCCCCCACUCCCUGGUCCUGGGGGUCCCUUCCGUCUGCAUGAGUUUGGGAGCCUUUCCUGUCGGCCAGUGUGCUGCCCUCUCCUCCCCCUCUGGUGUCUGCCCAAACCUCCUCCUCCUGUGUUUCUAUGGCAUCCAACCCCCUUCCCCAACGGUGGAUUUUUAAUUGUCCCAACAGGUGUUUGCACAUCUGCACUUAUUCCUAAAUGUAGGUGCAGCCCCCUCUCCUACACUGUGCGGGUCUCGCUGUGUGGCUGUGAGUCAAGCUCACAAGGUGACUGUGCCCGGGGCCCUCCUGCCACCUCUGGUGCUGCUUCGGGGAGCCCUGGGCGGGGGUGGGGCCGAGUGUCCGUUCGCCUGUCGACUGUCUUCCAUAUCGUGUGUCCACAGUUACGAUCCAUCCCUUGGCCUUAACUUUGGAAUUUGGAGAUUAUAUGCAAACACGUGUAAAGGCUCAUGAAUGUGGAUGACACUGGAAUUUUAUAAAUUCUAAAUAAAACCCAAAACCAGA